GUAAUAAUCAAAACAAUGAAUGUCGAUAACUAAAGUAACACGAGUUUUUCAUCUAAUAUAAGAACAAUUUUUUGAUAUAUCGCAAAAAUGCUGAAGCCAAAAGUCCUAACCGAAGUAUUAAGUCAAGCAAAUACGGGUGGCGUCGAGACAACAUUGCUGCUCACCACAGAAGGCUCUCUCUUAGCUUACAGCGGAUACGGAGACAAAGAUGCCAGGGUAACGGCUGCCAUCGCCAGCAACAUCUGGAGUGCCUACGAAAGGAACGGCAGAAACGUAUUUAGAGAAGAUCACCCCCAAAUAGUGCUCAUGGAGUGCCAGGAGGGCCGCAUAGCCAUCACACAAGUAGCCAAUCUCCUUCUAUGUUUGUACGCCAGAAGUAUUGUCGGUUUCGGAAUGUUGAAAGAGAAAGCCACGGCCCUGGCUUUGUAUUUAGAGAAUCCUUUGAAACAAGUAGCCUCUUCUAACAUGUAGUAUUAAAGUUAUAUUUUUUUAUUACAACUAUAAGAAUUUAUGAAUAGCGAGUUAGUAUAUUAUCUUUUUUUUUAUUUAAACUUCAUAUUUAAGGUUGGUUGUUUAAUAAAAUGAAAACGAAAAUUAGUCUCA